AAAAAAAAAAAAGAGGCAUAUAAAGCUGGGAACUAAUGUGUUAUGUUGGUUUAAAUUUUAGGAAUAGAAAGCUCAAUGACUUGGAUUUUGCUUUUAAAAAAAGGUGCUGAGGGCUUCAAUGAAAUUUAUUUAACAGGUAACGGGAUCAAUGGUGGUAAUUAGUUUGAGAGCCCUCAUAUUAAAAAGAUCUUUUUAAAAAGUGUGGGUUCUCUCUCUCUCUCUCUCUCUCUCUCUCUCUCUCUCUCUAUCUCUCUCUCUCCCUCUUUUUCUCUCUCUUGUUGUCUCUCGCUCAUCUCCAUUCUCCAUUGGAGACCAAAUAUUGCAGUAUUAUAGUAAACUAACCACAGGUCCAGUCUACAUGAAUACAUUUUUCUCUUUAAAACCUGAGCAAAUGAAAAUGAAAGACCAUUACUGUAGGCAGCUUAUGACAGUCUUUGAACCUGGAAAAUCCAUUUUGUUUCUCCAGCACUAAAGGUUACUUCCUCUGUGAUAACAGACUGUGUGGUUCCAAACCAGAACUAGUGCUCUUAAGAACCCUGCAACCUCUGUAUAUACUAUAAGCAGGAUAUGAUAUUUUAAAAUGGUGAUCUCCUGAUUCUAGGGCAAAAAAAUGCUUUUGCACAACAUGACAAUCCAAAAAUAUGCUUUUACAUGUGUACUGUACUUGUCUUAAACAUGGGUUGUUCAUUAUUUAUCUUUAUAUAAAAUUGUCUCCAGUUCAGGAAAGGAUGUAUGCAAAUUUACAGACUUCCCUUCAAAUGUUACUUUCAUAUUUUUAUUCAGGGAAAGUUCUCUGUAUUCAGGGUUGCACUACACAAUUACCUGUGAAUGACUUGCAUGUAGUUCACAUCUUCAUGAUGGUUUUAUCAGGUGUUCAAGAUGGAAGGUUGUUGUUUUUUUGUUUAUUUGUAAUAAGCAGCUUAUAAAAUAGCACUUGAUCCAGAAUAUUCAGCAUCAAAAAGCAUGAGCUUAGGUUUUGGGUGAAAAUGCUUUAUCUGCUGAGUGUUGCACGUGACUGAAUAGUAGGGCUGUAAUGAUACUUUGUAUCAUGUUGCAUUGUUUGAUACAAGACUGUUCGAUUUUGAUGCAUUUUCCGAACAAUACAUUCACCAGACUGCAUAUGAAAGUAAUCUAUACAUCAUAGAAUAGCGCAUAUAUUACGUGAAGUGUAAUAAACAUUUAAACUUAAUCAAGCCAACACUCCUGCUUCUGAAAAGUAACUUCCUCAAUCAGCAGAGGCCAUGGGGGUUUAAAAAUAGCAUGCUUCUCCUAAGCAUGCUAUUUUUCAUGAGCCACACUACCUGGCAUGAAUAACACACACGCGCACACACACAACACACUCACACUCAUUCUCUCUCCCGGCACUCCCAGCUUUUUCAUUCUGGGAUAAAAAGGGAUCACUGCACUGAAAAGUGAAGAGUUCAGAAACAUGUUUGAGCUAUAUACAACUGUGUGAUUUUCACACCACAGCUAGAUAACAGGUGAAUGAAAAAUAAAGCACCUUGUGCUUCAGACACACCCCUUUGCGUAUUGUUACAACUCUACUGGAUAGGCCAUGGAAAUAUUUAUUUAUUUAUUUACUUACUUACUUAUUUGUUUGUUUGUAUGUUUAUUGCAACAGUUAAUUGUACACAGAUGUUAAUGUGUUCAUGAGAUAAUAUGUAAUAUAUAUGCAGGAUGUUUUACUUGACUAUUUUUGAUUUGUUGAAUUUAUAAAGUAAUGGCAAAUAUUUUAUUAGUUUGAUUCUCUGUAUGUAACUCUGCACAAACGUCUGAGUAGUGCCUAGUCACAUAGUAACAUCUGAGGUCUAAAUACUAAUGUAUUAACAUGCACAAUUUCAGUAUUAACUCCUCACUACAUGCUUGUAACUCAUCUUUGAAUAUGGACAUAAAUUGCUACUGUCUUCAAACUAAUUUUGUGGGGAAAUCCGUUUAAUCAGGUGUUAAAACUGCUAAACGUUGUUUCACUAUACCCAUUAACUGGGUAUAACUGGGUUAAUUAAUCGCAUAACAAUUUUAGCAUUAAAGCCAUUAGCAUGUGUGUAAUAUAAGUUGCAUUGAGAGUAAACAGUUUUCUAUUAAAAUAUGAUCUUUUAAGCAAACUGUCAUUCUUUUACUAUGGCUAGCUUGAGGUUCAGAAUAUUUUUAUUGUGUGUAAUGUUAGUUGUGAAUGGGUACAAGUUAUGCUUACUCUGCUUUCUCAAACUCAAUGCAUUUGAAAUAAGCACUGUCCUUUUCUUUCUCUUUUUUCUUCCUCUGUGUCUGCAUAUGUGUUUGUUCUUGUACACCCUUGCAUUUCCAUGGUAUCUGUGUGUGUGUUUGUGAAGGAGAGGUCCGCAGCCUGCGGGGGGAUGACAUGCAUGUGUCCAGGCUUUUAACAACGUUGAGGAUUGUAAGACUAGUUGGCUGUCGUCCGCCAAGCCAUGAUGGACAUUCUGGUGCCUUACUGUGUGUGUCUCAGUACACAGGCCCUGUCCCAGCAGAGCGCGAGUCUCCGAUGGCACGGAGCGAGAUGUCCCCGAGCCGGGCGCAGCACUCGCCCCCCACACAGAGACCCAAUGCCUGCUGCUUCUGCUGGUGCUGCUGCUGUAGCUGCUCUUGUCUCACUAUUAGGAGAGAAGAUGAGAGUCGCCGGAGAUUGAAAGCCCAGGAGACUAAGCUGGAGACCAUACCAAACUGUGAAGUUUGCACCAAACCAGCGGUGGAGGAGAUGAAACAGUGGGCUCAGUCCUUCGAUAAGCUGAUGAAGAACCCGGCAGGCCGGAACGUGUUUCGCGAGUUUCUACGCACAGAGUACAGUGAGGAGAAUAUGCUCUUCUGGCUGGCUUGCGAGGAUCUGAAGAAGGAAAUCAGCAAGAACAUGAUAGAGGAGAAGGCACGCAUGAUCUACGAAGACUACAUCUCUAUUCUUUCACCUAAAGAGGUGAGUUUGGACUCGCGGGUGCGGGAGGUUAUCAACAGGAAGAUGCAGGACCCAACGCCACACACGUUUGAGGACGCACAGUUGCAGAUCUACACCCUCAUGCACAGAGACUCGUAUCCACGCUUCCUCAACUCACCCAUAUAUAAGUCACUGGUGCAGGGGGGCUCACGCUCCUCCUCUGAAUCCUAGACCCACCUCUAUCCAUUUCUCUCUCUUUCUCUCUCUCUACAUUCAUCCAUCACACAACCACUAAAGGAGAAAGUACAUGUUGGUUUCUUGUCAUGGUUGGAUUAUGCCUCUUUUUCCCCCCAGUGUUUUGCUUUGCCUUCACCUCUCGUCUGUUGUCUUGUCUUGGAGGACAGGCCAUCCCUCAAGAAUAUUCUGCACAGACUGAAACUGGAAGACACAGGGUUGAAGAAGUAGUCAUAGUCAUUCCACUGCUUGUGAUGACGGAAACAACUACUGAUCCACGCGAGUCUCUUUGUCCUUUGCUCAUUUUUUCCAUAGGUAUGUGUACGAACACAGUUUAGAACUUGUUUGAUCUUUUUACCUGAUGU